AUUUCAUAUCACAGGUGGACCGCCAACCAGCUAAUAAUUACCAAAGACGCUCGCAGAAUUGAGAAUUCACGCAUGGAAAUACUCGGUGCAUAAUAUUACCCUGCAAUCACCAAUCGCCAUAACCAUAGCCGUGAUCCGCCUUUUUCUGGGCAAAUCCGCUGCCACAGGAUUUAUCUCGAAUUAUGGAGGGAGUGGGAGCUAGGCUAGGGCGGUCCUCAACUCGAUACGCUCCCGCCACCGUUUUCACUGGUCCCGUCCGAAAGUGGAAGAAGAAGUGGAUCCACGUAACGCCGUCCAGUUCCAAUCAAACGGAAGCCAAUAGAAGAGUUAAUGGCGUUAAUAACACUUCACAUCUCUUGCUGUACAAAUGGACACCGAUCACUCCCAACCAAGACAAAGAGAAUAAUGGUAAUGACGGGAACAAUGAAUCGAAGAACUACAUUAAAGACGACGAUGCUUCAGUGGAAGAGCCCCCCAAGCGUAAAUUUAAGUACAUUCCGAUUGCUGUGUUGGAAGAACAAAUGAACGAGUACUCAGACCAGUUAGAGGAUGAAGCAAAGACAACUGAGUCUGAUACAAAUACAGUGGAGGCAACCUCCAAGAAUGAUGGGCAUGAUGAAAAGCCUGAUAUCAAUGAUGUACCGAUUGAUGAUACUCAGGGGACCAAAUUUUAUUUGACCCAACCCAAAUUUAUUAGGAGCAAAGCUUGGAGUAUGUUUACUAAGCUUAAAAGCCCCAGAGGAAAAUGCUGUAGAACGUAGAGAUCUGAACAAAACCCCGUUGGACUUGAGUUUAGGCUUGAAGGCUAGUGAUGGUGAAAAUGAAUCCAACUCAAAAACAGAUUGAUCAAAUGCAGGCGGAUAUGGAAAACUUCAGCAAAGCAAAAGAUGAGUGAAUGCUAUUCUAUUCUCACAAAGAAACAUUGGCUAAAAUUGCUCUGCUUGUUAAAUAAACGAGUAAAAUCGAGCAGCUUAGCCCAUAUUCUUAAUUUGAUUUGAUACUUCAUUUAUUGAGAUGCAAUCAAUAUUUUUUACGCAAUUUUCCAGAAUGUUGUUGGAUUUUUGCACUGAUCAUUGUUGAAUGCAAUUUACACCAUACUGGUUUGGCUUUA